GUCGCGGGGUCGAAUCCCUGAAACGGCUUCCUGCCUCCAAAGAUGCUUCGCCUUCCUUUUUCCAACGUCAUUCGCUCGCGCUUUUUCCACGCAAUGGCUCCUACUCGCGAUCCGCGCCCGCUCGUUAUUUCCGGCCCCUCGGGCGUCGGCAAGGGGACCCUCUACAAUCUUCUCUUCCAAAGACAUCCCGACACAUUUACCCUCUCCGUAUCGCACACGACCCGCCGCCCGCGACCGGGUGAGCAAGAUGGCGUCCACUACCACUUCGUCACGAAGGAGCAAUUUCUGGAGCUGAAGGCGCAGAACGGGUUUCUCGAGAACGCGCAGUUUGGCGACAACUUCUACGGCACCUCCAAGGCCACGAUCGAGGAGCAGACGGCCAAGGGGAGGACGGUCGUCCUGGACAUCGAGGUGGAGGGCGUCAAGCAGAUCCGGGCUUCGGGCUUCCCGGCCCGCUACGUUUUCAUCGCCCCACCGUCCGAGGAGGAGUUGGAGAGGCGGCUGCGCGGCCGAGGAACGGAGACGGAGGAGUCCAUCCUGAAGCGGCUGAAGCAGGCCAAGGUGGAGCUGGAGUACUCCAAGGUUCCCGGCAUCCAUGACAAGAUCAUUGUGAACGAUGAUCUGGAGAGGGCGUACAAGGAGCUCGAGGAGUUCGUCUUUGCGGAACCUAACGCAAGUGCAUAAAAAAAAUUGCCUGACCGUGGGU